UCAGAAAUGCCCUUGGCAUGUUUGACAGACUUUCAGGCUUAUGCCCGGGAGCGUCUGUCCAAGGUAACUUGGGAUUUUAUUGAAGGAGGAGCUGAUGACACCUUCACACGGGAUGACAACAUCGCAGCCUUUAAGAGAAUCCGCCUCCGUCCCCGGUACCUGAAAAACGUGGCAAACGUGGACACCCGGACCACAAUCCAGGGGGAGGAGAUCACUGCCCCCAUUUGCAUUGCACCCACGGGUUUCCACUGCCUUGUCUGGCCCGAUGGAGAAAUGAGCACAGCCAGAGCAGCCCAAGCAGCCGGGGUCGGCUACGUCACCAGCAUGUUUGCUACCUGUGCCCUGGAAGACAUCGCUGCCACUGCCCCCACGGGCCUCAAGUGGUUUCAACUCUAUGUGCAUCCAGACCGGCAGCUCAACAAAAAUCUGGUCCAGAAAGUUGAAUCCCUGGGUUUCAGAGCUCUGGUCAUCACUGUGGAUGUGCCCAAACUGGGCAACAGGCGACAUGACAUUCGAAACCAACUGGAUUUAAAGCUGACCUUACUGCUCAAAGACCUUCACUUCCCUAAAGAGAGAACUCCAAUGCCCUAUUUCCAGAUGUCUCCCAUUAACUCAUCCAUGUCCUGGAAUGAUCUCUCCUGGCUUCAGAGCAUAACUCGAUUGCCCAUUAUCCUUAAAGGGAUCUUGACAAAAGAGGAUGCAGAGUUAGCCGUGAAACACAAUGUCAAUGGCAUCAUUGUUUCCAAUCAUGGUGGAAGACAGCUUGAUGAUGUUCCUGCUUCUAUCGAUGCCUUGGCAGAAGUGGUGGCCGCUGUGAAAGGGAAAAUGGAAGUGUACCUGGAUGGUGGGAUCCGAACUGGCAACGAUGUGCUCAAGGCUCUGGCCCUUGGGGCUAAGUGUGUGUUUCUUGGGAGACCAGUACUGUGGGGUCUUGCCUACAAGGGUGAACAUGGUGUUGAGGAAGUUUUGAACAUCAUAAAAAACGAGUUCCACACUUCCAUGGCCCUCACUGGCUGUCGGUCAGUUGCGGAGAUCAAUCAGGACCUGAUCCAGUUCCCCCGGUUGUAAGAAAGAGGGCUAAUGACCAGACUGCUGAGGUGGCCCACAGGGAGAAGACAAACUCACAGCGUGGUGUGUGAUGCCUUUCUGCCUUGCCCCUAUCUUACCCAGAGGCUCAUCCCCCGCACCUUCAACCACUCCACCCCUAGUUCUUCAGGCCUCCCAAACCCCACCUCUUCCUCAAAUGUGACCUGCUCUUCUUUACCUCACUGUUACGUGUUCUUGCCUGCCCUUCUCUGAAAGAAAAAAAUCUUAAAAACAUGGAUCAAUAAUGACUGAAAUAGCUACCAGAUUUAUUUUUUUGCAUAUCCAUUAACCAACUAUGUAAACUUACACUCUGUACCAAAGAGCUAUAUGUAUAAAAUAUCCUCCCACAAAAAUACUACUCCCAUGUGUAGAUAAUAGGGAAAUAAUAAUAGUUAAAAUCUAGACUUUGGAGCCAUACAGGCAUGGGUCUAACAGUCAAGACUGGUACUGGCAAGCUGUGCAAUGGGAAAGUUUACCCAGUCUCUCUGUAAAUGGGAAUUGUACUACCUAGCCCACUAGGUCAAGAGAAAGAUUAAAUGAGAUAAUGUGUGUACACUUUAGAGCACAAUGCUUAACACUCAGUAGAAGUUGAGGAAACAGUAGCUUUUAUUGUUUGACGAAAAUCUAUUCAUCUUUUAAGACCUUGUUCAAAUGUCACCUAUUCUUACCAUGGCUACUUUCUAGGUUCUUCCUAUUGCACUUU